AAUUAUUUGAUUCGCAAUUUUUGAAAAGUGGGUCAGUAAAAUGGAAAAAUCAAAUAAUGAUGAAGAAGGAGCUGCUGCAGCACCCAACUCAAAUACGGAGGAACAACAGCAAGCGGGCAACAACAAUGGUUCUGAUUUUCAAAUCAGUUUAAAUGAUUUUCUCGAUUUUCUCAAACUUUCCUGUCACGUUAACGAUAUGAUAACAAAAGUUGAGGGCAAACCAUAUAAUCGGGAGCCAGAGCCCCCUGUUGAGAGUCUCGCUGGUCCUUUCGCUAAGCGAAAUUCCAAAAAAGAUGAAUUCGAUUUCGAUAGUUUGGCUGAAAAUGAAUUGGUCAACCAACUUCUGACCCUAAAGCGUCCCUUUCGUCAUCUUGGCAGCAAGAGCAACAGCGGCAGCAGCCGCGACGACGGCAGUCGCACCAGCCUGCUGCUGACGGAGCACAAGGCAUCGAUGCGCACCGGACACGUGCAUUCCGGCCUGCAUCCGAAGCUAAGCGAGCAACUGGACUAUGUUAUCAACGAGGGAGUCCUGGACUCUGUGCUAUCCUUUAUAUGUCCCAUGCCGUUGCCCGUUGCACUCUCAUCCAACAACAGCGGACGAGGCAAGUUGACGAAACCUCAGCCGCCGCAGCCACAGCCGCAGCUGCAGCCGCCACAGCCGUCGCUGCUGCUCAAAACGGAGCCCAUCCCAAACGCUGCAUCCUGUUUAGUGACGCCCACCUCGAGCUCGGCCAGCGUUAGCUCACCCAGCGAUAGCCUAGGAGCAGUGCUGACAGAGAACAAUAGCGUCAAUAGCAUGGUGCGCACAUCAGUUAAGGAGCCGAUGGCCAAAACAUCGUCAACUACAACGACACGUCGCAAAUCCUUGUUGCUGGUCAAGGACAGUAAACAUGCGCGCCAGGAGAAGAAGGAACCCGACGUCGUCAUUCACGUGUGCGAUGAGGUAAAGAACACCUCGCGUGACUUUAGCUGCCCGCAGAGUCUGCUGGUCAGCAAGAUGGGCUACUUUGCGGAUGUGACGGCUGGGCAGCGUCUGGAGGAGAUGGACAUAUCGGUGCAUUGUGACAUACAAAUCUUUGACUGGCUGAUGAAGUGGAUUAAGCACAGUGCCCAGAGUCAGGAACUACCUGCUGCUCCAAGCCAGAACAAUGCAGCGGCUGGUCCCUUGCUGGAUGGCAACAAUGUAGUGCCCAUACUGGUCUCGGCCAGCUUUCUCCAAAUGGAGCCAUUGCUGCUCGAGUGCUUGACCUUCUGUCAUGCCCAUCUCAGCGAGGUGGUUCGCACCUCAACGAAUCUGUCAUGCCUCAAUGAUGCGCUGGUCACACGCUUGGCUGCCAUGUUCACCAAUCUGGAGCUCGAAAUGGUGCGCGAUAAGAAGGAGCGUGUAACGCCCAGGCUGUGGACAAAGCUUAUACAAAGCCUCUGCGAACCGGAUCCGGAGGUACUGCGCGGACAUUUCUACAGCAUUUCCGGACUGUUUCGUUGUGCUCGCUGCUGUCGCUGUGUGACCAACACGAUGAAAUCCCAUGUGAACUGCAUACCCAGCAAUAUACGUGUAAAUCGUUGGGGCCAGCUGGUUAGCAGCCAUGUGCGCGACACGAACUGGGAUCUCAAUGUGUACGUGUUGCAGCUGUUCAAGGAGCUCAAGUCCUGGCGGAAGGUUUACUGGAAGCUGUGGGGCCAUUGCCACUAUCUAUAUUGCUGCACGUGUGAGGCGCACUUUCCGGCUUACCAAAUGACCUGGUGUCGCUAUCAUCCCGAGCCGCCCAACUUUCUGGGUCCCGAAACCGAGGGACGCAUUGCCGGACCAGCUGGACGUUAUGCCUGCUGCAAUCAGCAAGCAUUUCGCUUCGAAACAUUACCCGGUCCAAAUGGCUGCCAGUUCCGCGAGCACAGCGUGUUGGUGGACACGGAUCGUGAGCGCGCCAUUCUGACCAUUGCCCAGCUGGUCGCUGAGAACUAUGCGCUGUGUGAGCAGCCGCCAUUGCAAACCCAGGAGCUGGCCGCUGCCGGCGAGAUCAAUCCCAAUUGGCUGGGCAUCUCGUUGACGCCGCAACGCUGCCGCCAGGGCCUGUUGCCGCAGCUCUGCAUGGACAUGACCAAUCAUCGGGUUAGUCGCCGCUGUCGCUAUGAAAUGGAAACCAGCACCGAGUCGGAGACAACCUCAACCAGUUCGGAGGAUGCAUGCAGGCAGCGUGCGCGCAUGCGCAACACGCUGCUUGAUGAUGAGUACUCGUCCAGCAGCGAUGGCUGCGAAUCGGAUCACCGACCGCCACCGCGAAAGGCGCGCGCCAAGAAGAAACGCAAGCGGCCCGCCGCCGUCUCUGGCCGCUUCUGGUCGGGUGAGCUGUCGGCGCGCAGCAAUCAGGAUCAUCAGCGCGACUUCGAGGAGAAGAUUAUGAAGCAGGUGGCCAGCUAUGUGACCAAGAAAACGGGCUCCGAUCAAUGUCUGGUGCACAAUGCCCAGCCGCUGGGCGGCACCUAUGUGCGCCUGGAGUCCGAGUGGAAGGAGAUGCUCAAGCAGCGGCACAGCAAUCACAAUAUGCUAAACAGCAAUGCCAGCAACUUGGGCGGCACUUUGGGAAGCAGCAACAGCAAUCAGAAUCUGUACAACAGCCUGGGCGCCACAGUUGGAGGCACGGCAUGCGGUCCUGGCGCAGCCCAGUUGACCAAGCAAAAGCACAAGUAGACGCUUGAAUCGAUUAGAACAAUGUAGGACAAUAUUAGCAUUAGACAAUGUAGACAAAUGUUUGAUUAGCCAGUGAAGUUUUAACACUAUACAACACAAAUAUCAAAAUUACGUAUGUGUGAAGAUUGAACAGUAAUGCAUAAAAAAUAUUACAGAAACA